AUGGCAAAUGUCAACUUCACAUUUGUUACUGAGUUUAUCCUUUUGGGACUGACUGAUCGUGGUGAAAUCAAGGUGUUUCUCUUUAUAUUGUUCCUUUUGAUCUAUGUCAUUUCCUUGGUGGGGAAUCUGGGACUGUUUAUGCUGAUCCACAUAACUCCCAAACUCCAUACACCUAUGUACCACUUCCUUCGCUCUCUGUCAUUUGUUGAUGCCUGUUAUUCAUCAGUAUUUGCACCCACAUUACUACUGAACUUCUUUGUUGAAAGAGAGAGAAUCUCAUUCUCUGCUUGCAUCCUGCAAUAUUUCUUGUUUGCAUCACUGCUUACUACAGAGGGCUUUCUCCUGGCCGCAAUGGCUUUUGACCGUUACAUGGCCAUUGCAAACCCUCUAACUUACACAGUGGCUAUGACAAAAUUGAUAUGUGUUCUACUAGUGCUGGGUUCAUGCUUAGGAGGGACUAUCACAUCAUUAACACAUACAAUUGGCUUAAUGAAGCUGUCCUUUUGUGGCCCUAAUGUCAUCAGUCAUUUCUUCUGUGACCUUCCUCCCCUGUUGAAGCUGUCCUGUUCUGACACCUCCAUGAAUGAACUGCUGCUUUUGGUAUUCUCUGGAGUCAUUGCCAUGACUACACUUUUGACUGUGGUUCUCUCUUAUAUCUUCAUUGUUGCUGCUAUUCUGAGGAUCCGUUCAGCAGCAGGCAGACACAAAGCCUUCUCUACUUGUGCAUCCCAUCUUACAGCUGUCACUUUAUUUUAUGGUUCUAUCAGCUUCAGUUACAUUCAACCAACUUCUCAGUACUCCUUAGAGCAAGAGAAGGUGGUAUCCAUAUUUUAUACCCUGGUGAUUCCUAUGUUGAAUCCACUGAUUUACAGUUUAAGGAACAAAGACGUAAAAGAUGCUGUGAAAAGAGUUAUAGAGAUCAAACAUUCCCUGCAUUAA